AUGAUAAAAGGAGUCCAUUUCCUUGCAAUUGUGGCUCUCUUGUCCCUUGCAUUCUCCCUUGUCUCUACCUUCGAUCCCAGCCCUCUUCAGGACAUUUGUGUUGCAAUUGAUGACCACAAAUCUGGGCUCCAAAUUCCUAAAAAUACAGAGAAUCAAGUUGGGUCGAAUGUCACUACUAUGAAUGUGGACCAAAUCCUAGGCCUCAACACUAUAGGCAUAUCUUUGGUUCGUAUUAACUAUGCACCAUAUGGCCAAAAUGCCGUUCACACUCACCCUCGUGCCACAGAGAUUCUGGUAGUCGUAGAAGGUACUCUGUUAGUUGGUUUUGUCACAUCCAACCCAAAGAAUCGACUUUUCACCAAAAUACGAAAGAAGGGAGAUGUCUUUGUAUUCCCAAUUGAUCUCAUUCAUGUUCAGUUCAAUGCGGGAGAGACUAAUGUUGUAGCCUUCGCUGGUUCGAGCAGUCAAAAUGCAGGUGCCAUCACGAUUGUAAAUGCUAUUUUCGGAUCUAAUCCUCCCAUCAAUGCUAAUGUUCUUGCCAAGGCCUUCCAACUUGACAUGAAUUUUAUUGAAGCUCUUCAGAAAAAGUUCUGA